AUGGACACAAUAAUGAGGAAANGAUGGUGGAAGCAAUGGAUUCAAAAGCGUAAAAGUAAUGGCGGUUCUAUGUUUAUUUCACGCGAGUUACGAAAUGAAAAUCCGGAAGAUUUCAAAAACAUUUUAAGAAUGUCAGAUACACACUUUUACUAUUUGUUGAAUAAAAUAAAAUUCAAGAUUCAAAAAAUGGACACAACAAUGAGGGAAGCUAUUCCAGCAGAUAUUAAACUCAAAUUAACACUUCGCUACUUAGCAACGGGUAAUUCAUUUAAAAGCCUGAAAUAUUUUUUUAGAGUUCCUAAAUAUACCAUCAGUUUAUUUCUACCUGAAGUUACUGAAUACUAAUNUUGACUAUUUGUUGAAUAAAAUAAAAUUCAAGAUUCAAAAAAUGGACACAAUAAUGAGGAAAACUAUUUCAGCAGAUAUUAAACUCACAUUAAUACUUUGCUACUUAGCAACGGGUAAUUCAUUUAAAAGCCUGGAAUAUUUUUUUAAAGUUCUUAAAUGUACCAUCAGUUUAUUUCUACCUGAAGUUAUAGUUCUGAAAUAUACAUAGCUCUUGCAGAAUUUAUUGAAGUAAGUCAAAACAAUUUAAAAUAUAUAUCUAUAUUGUUAGAUUUAGUAUUUUAAAUUUUUAACAUAAAUAGGUACUUAAAUUGAAAAAUUAACAAAUUAACAAAAACAAAAAAAAAUUUUAACUCAUUAAAAAAAAAAAAUAAUAACGAAUACUUUCUUUUAUAAUAUUUUAAAUUAAAUUAAACUAAAUUCUAAUUAAUAUAAAUAGAAAUAUUUAAAACAAUUUAUAGUUGUGUAUUUGAUAACUCUGUAAGCAUAUAGUCUUCGGUUUCUGAUAACAGUUCAUCAAACAUAGCUGGAGAUCCGAAAUCACUUGUAUCUGUACUAGUUUGAAGGCUAGAUCUUUGUAGUUCAUGAACUGCAUUUUGAUUAUCAUUUUCUAUGAUUUCAUUCAUAUUGGUCAUCUUUUGUUGNUGAUAGGUCUUUUAAUACUGAUGCAAUGUAUUUUCCAAACUGAUCAAAACUGUCUUCUUUUUUACUAUUUUGAGCCAACUUUUGAACUCUUUCAGCUAUACCAUCUAAUUGUUUAACUGCAGCUAACUCAGUGUCAGUCUCACUAGAACUCGACUUAAAAGUCUCAAAUUUUCUUUUCUUCAAAUUCCAAUCUCUUUUUGUGGACUUUUAAAAAGUUUUCUUUUAAUAGUUGUAAUAUUAGUAUUAUUUGCAUUAGUACUUAUAUCAGGUUCUGUUAAAUUUGAUUCUAGUUCAUUGAUACUGGAUUCUACUUGAGAACUAUUAUUUGAGUCAUACAUAGCUUGAUUUUCUUGGUCACUUUUUUCACAUUACUUUUGUUUUCAUUUGAUAUCACCUGAAAAUUGAAUAUUUUACAAUUUUAAAUUUUAGGUGCCAAAAACAAAAAAUGAAUGGGAUAAAAUAAAAAAGGUUAUCAAAAGAGAUGGAAUUUUCCAAGAUGUAUCGGAGCAAUGGAUGGAAAACACAUCCUCAUUAAAGCACCACCUAAAAGUGGAUCAGAGUUUUACAACUAUAAACACCAGUAGAGUAUUAUAUUAUUAGCAUUAAUUGACCACAAUUACUGUUUCACGUACAUUGACGUUGGUGCAAAUGGAAAGGCAUCAGAUGGUGGUCUAUUUCAAGGAAGCUGUUUUUUUGAAGCAUUAGAAAACAAUAUUCUAAAUACCCCAGACGAUGUUGUUUUUGUAAUUGAUGAUGCUUUUCUGCUCAACACGUAUUUGAUGAAGCCGUACAACAGAAGAAAUUUAACAAGAGAACAAGCAAUUUUCAACUAUAGAUUAUCCAGGGCUAAAAGAAUAUCAGAAAAUGCUUUUGGUAUACUUGUGAGCAAAUUUAGAAUUUUCGAAAGACCAAUCCCAUUGAUAGCUCAUAAAGUCGAUAAAAUUGUUUUCGCUUGUUGUGCAAUACAUAAUUGGUUACGAAAAACAAGUCAAGUCUAUUUACUACCAGGUCUUAUUGAUCACGAAGAUUAUAACUAUGAAAUCACAAAUGGAUCGUGGAGACAAAAUCAAAGUUACAUCGUAGAUUUUCAACCAACAAAUCACAGAAAUGAAUGUACAAAUGCUAAGAAAAUUAGAUAUGACUAUUGUGCAUAUGUCAACGGAGAAGGAGCUGUUAUUUGGCAAUGGAAUUAA